AUGGGUGGCUUCAGAUGUUAUUUCAACCAGACGGUCUUGUUCUAUGGUGGUUACGAUGGUGAAGUAAUCGCAUCCAAACCUGCCAACAACAUGCAGUUGGCCCUAUUUUUUCUGCUGUAGCUGCAUAUCUGGUGUUGUGUGGGAGUGUCUCUAUAUCUACAGGUAACACAUUUAGCAGUACAAACAACUUUUGUGCUGGAGACAGGACCCGUCUCUGAAGGAGCGUGGCGUCUCCUGUGCAGCUGGGAUUUCAGUGUUGUCAAUGAAAAAGCAAUACAGUACAACAAGAACAAUCUCGCCAUUCAGCUGAAGGUUCAUACCUGUCCAAGGUUACAGGUGAAAAACAAAGCGUCUCUGCCUGACCAGAUAAAACACCUGUCUCUCCACCUUCUGGCCUGGCUACUCUCUUUAGGACUUGCCCUAGGAUCUGGUGCAGGCAUCUACUUCCUGGGGACAAAACAAGAACUGGCGAGAGAGUUCGUUUAGAGUGUAAUAAAUGUCACAAAAAGGCAUCUACUACUGCUUCUGCCUGUGGUCGUGUCGCUCAUCAACCUGAUAGUGCCUCUAUUUUACUCUCUCAUCGACAAAAUGAGAGCUACUCCAACUGCACGCGCAAAGAUCUACAUCAGCAUUGUGAGAAGUGUUAUUUUGAAGAUGUCCAUUCUUGGUAUCCUUUGCUUUACUGGCUACGUUGUUCCCGACAGUAUCUCGUGUUGGGAGUCCUUUGUGGGGCGCGUGUAUCGACUGCUGAUAAUUGACUUCAUAUUCUGUCUGCUUGGCAUUUUCUUUGGGGAAUUCCUCAUAAGUGAUGUAAUCAGAACCAUGUGCAUCCAGAGUCUUGGCGUCCCAGAGUUUGACAUUGCUAGGAAUGUACUUGAUCUGAUCUACGCCCAGACUCUGGCUUGGAUUGGAAUUUACUUCUCCCCCCUACUUCCUGUAAUGCAAGUCCUGAAAUUGUUUAUCAUCUUUUACUUAAAAAAGAUCAGUCUGAGUAUGAACUGUCAGCCUCCCAAACACACAGGCAGAGCCGCUCAGAUACAAACAGUCUUCAUCGCCCUACUCUUCUUCCCUUCGUUUGUGGGAGCACUGACCAUGGUAGCAUUCACAGUCUGGAGCCUGAAGCCCUCAGACCAGUGCGGGCCCUUCCAGGGUCUGGACACCCCCUUCCGCACAAUUUUCAAUUGGACUGCUUCUUUGCCUGAGAAUCACUGGGUCUGGUGGAUUUUUGAAAACAUACUGAGAAGUGAACUCUUCUACUACCUGAUUAGCCUCAUCGUCCUAGUCUUCACUUAUUUUCUCUGGCAAAUCACUCAGGGACGGAAACAGCUCAUCAAGUCUCUGCGAGAGCAGACGGGUGUGAAUGAAGGAAAGGACAAAGCAUUUCUCUUGAAUAAACUGCAAACUCUACAGAAGGAGAGAAAGGAGACGGCAUCCUACAGACCUCAGGUGCUUGUUCUUAUGCGUUCUGUCUGAUCUACUUCCUCCUUGCAUCUAGUUGUUAUUAGUAAAAUGCUGUACUCGACAGAAAGAGAAACAUAUUGAGAUUGUGGAGAUUUUUGCCCAACAAACACCAGAAUAGUGCACCUACCUAAUGAAGCUAGAUUUAUGCAUCUCACUUUUUAUGGCCUGUGAAAGCAGGAAAAAAAAGUACCAGCAGCAUUUAUUUAUAGAUCAUAGAGUACAGCUGACAUGGAGCUUAUGAAGUUGAUGAGUUCUGCUUAAGUUGUCAUUUUGCUCUUUUAAAUAAUGUGAUUUUAAUUUCUG